GAGUUUGGUCCUCGCUUCUCUCCAGGUCCUCCUUCCCUUCAAAGAGAAGAUGAGCAAGAAACCUUCCCUCGUCGUCUUUGACCUGGAUUACACCCUGUGGCCUUUUUGGGUCGACACUCACGUGGAUCCCCCCUUCCAUAAAAGCAGCGAUGGUUCGGUACGAGACCGGACCGGGCGGCUUGUGAAUCUCUACCCCGAGGUACCUGCAGUUCUACAGCAACUACACAGUGCUGGGAUUUCCAUGGCAGCUGCUUCGCGGACAGGUGAGGUCCGAGGAGCUACUCAACUGCUAGAUCUUUUGGGCCUCGCUCACUACUUCCGCUACACGGAAAUUUAUCCUGGCAGCAAAGUUACUCACUUCCAGAGGUUGUCUCAACAGAGCGGAAUCCCUCUCUGCCAGAUGCUUUUUUUUGACGAUGAAAACCGCAACAUUUAUGACGUUAGCAAAUUAGGAGUCACAUGUAUUCUUGUCCCCAACGGUAUGAAUCUUUCCCUCCUUAACCACGGUCUGGAAGCCUUCGCUCCUUCCUGAGAGUUUGUUGAAGCUGGCCUCUUCCCUUCCUUCCUUGACGCAUCUAGAACCUAGAACGUGUCGAGGUGUUUGGACAUUAUAAAUAAACCAUUCGUGCGUUUUCCUGCAA